UACCCUAAUUGUAGAGCAUCGUACUUACGGUAUUUUACUCAUUACUGAAUAAAAUGUGAUUUAAGCUUUCAAAGAAAAAGCAGACACGUGCCUCUCUCUAGUUUUGUCUUUCAGACUCGAGCUUCAAAUCUCUCUCUCUCUCUCUCCAAGUUUCCAGAUUAGGGUUUGCUUCACGGUUCUAUCUCGUUAUCUCUCGGGUGGAAAAAUCUCGACAAUCAGUUGGAAAGAAAGACAUGGAUGAGGGUGACGGAGGAGAUCGUAACGAAGCGAUCUCCGCCGUAGCAGACGAGGGUUUCUUGGGGGAAGAAGAUGAUGACUACGAAGAUCUUUAUAACGAUGUUAACGUAGGUGAAGGGUUUCUUCAGUCUCUCCGAAGAAACGAAGAUGUGGUUUUCAGAAAUGGGGAAGAGGACAAGAAGAUCGAGUCGGCUGCUGAGUCCAGAGGGGUUUCAAUCCCUGGGUUUGAGGGUGCCACUGGUGGUGGCGGUGGCGGUGGCGGUGGCGGUGGCGGUGGCGGUGGAGGGGCGGCUGUUGGCGUUGGAGAAGUUAAGUUCGAGCAGGACGCGGGUGCUUCUGCAAUUGUUUCUAGGGGCUCUGCUAGUGCUAGAUUAGAGGGCUUUCAAGAUCCAGUGUUUAGAGGCAAUGAGUUGGCCUUGAAAGGGCCUGGCCCUGUGUUGGCUGGCGGUGGUGGAAUGAGGGUUGAUUUGGGUCCUUCAUCCACUAAAAUGAGUGAGACUGAGGGGCAGCAAGUUAACAAUCCUAUGCCUUCUAUGGGAAUGAAUCAACAAUCUCAGAUUGGCUUUGGAAACGUAGCAAAUGACAGUUAUGCAAGGCAGCAAGGAGGUGGAGGGGGAGUGGGGGUGGGAGGAAAUGCAAAUGCUAAUGGUGGGUCUGGGAGUGGUGGUGGCGGUGGUGGUGGGACCAUUCUUUUUGUGGGUGAUCUGCACUGGUGGACGACGGACGCUGAACUUGAGGCAGAGCUCAGCAAGUAUGGGUCUGUGAAGGAGGUGAAAUUCUUUGAUGAGAAGGCCAGUGGUAAAUCGAAAGGCUAUUGCCAGGUUGAAUUCUAUGAUCCUGGUGCCGCAACAGCGUGCAAGGAAGGGAUGAAUGGACAUAUCUUUAACGGAAGGCCAUGCGUUGUGGCAUUUGCUUCGCCUUAUAGUGUUAGGAGAAUGGGAGAGGCCCAGGUGAACAAGAACCAACAGGUGACCCAAGGAGCUGUUGCUCCAGGGAGGAGGGGAGUAGGUGAUGCUGGAGGUAGAAGUGGCGGUAAUGCCAUCGCAACAGGUGGGAAUUAUCAAGGUGGGAAUUAUCAAGGCGGAGAAGGGAAUAGAAACUAUGGUAGGGGCAAUUGGGGAAGAGGUGGUGCCCAAGGAAUGGGAAAUAGAGGGCAAGUUGGCCCAAUGCGAAACAGAAUUGGUGGGAUGGGUGGGCGUGGUAUAAUGGGCAAUGCCGGCAAUGGAUUUGGACAGGGGUUAGGAACAAACCCUCCUUUGUUACAUCCCCAAACAAUGAUGAAUCAGGGGUUUGAUCCAGGUUAUGGGGCACACAUGGGCAGGAUGGCUGGUUAUGGAGGUUUUCCAGCUGCCCCAACUGCUCCGUUUUCAGGAAUAUUGUCAUCGUUUCCUCCGGUUGGUAAUGUGGGUUUGGCUGGAGUGGCUCCUCAUGUUAAUCCAGCAUUUUUUGGGAGGGGAAUGCCAGCAAAUGGGAUGGGGAUGAUGCCUGCUACUGGUGUUGAGGGACAUGGGAUGGGAAUGUGGUCAGAUCCUAAUGCAGCUGGAUGGGUUGGUGAUGAGCAUGGUGGGAGGGCAGGAGAGUCUAGUUACGGGGAUGAUGCUGCAUCAGACCAUCAGUAUGGAGAUGCAAGCCACGAUAGAGGGGGAUGGCCUAAUGCAAUGAAGGAGAAAGAGAGGGUCUCUGAGCGCGAUUGGUCUGGAGCUUCUGACAGAAGGUAUCGAGAUGAUAGGGAAAUGGGAUCAGAUAGAGAUAUACCAAGGGAGAAAGAUAUGGGUCAUGAUGAUUGGUCAGAAAGAAGGCAACGUGAGGAUAGAGAAACUGUUCGAGACCGAGACCGAGACCGAGACCGGGAUAGGGACAGGGAAAGGGAACAUGAUCGUGAACGUGAACGGUCACGUGACCGUGGCCGAGAGCGAGACCGGGAUAGAGAGCGGGAUCGUAGAGAUGGCCGAGACAGAUACUUGGAUCAUCACAGAUACAGGGACCGUGAAUCUGAGCAUGAUGAUGAGUGGGACAGAGGAAGAUCUUCAAUGACCCACAGCAAGUCACGGCUGUCUCAAGAGGAAGAUCAACGAUCAAGGUCAAGGGAUGCUGAAUAUGGAAAGAGGCGGCGGCUACCCUCAGAGUGACUGAAUGCUCUGAAUCUGGAGCCAGCUAAUGAAAUCUGAAUUAUGUGGGAUCUUCAUGCUCAUUCAUUUUUUUUUUUAAAUACAUUAUUUUGCAGAGGUUUGGGAUUUGCUUAGGAUGCUGUACCUGUUGCUAUCUGUACGGAAUUCAUUGCCCAAGAUCUCUUGCUGAAGCAUAUUCUUGCAGGAGUCUGAGCUCAUUCUUAUAGUCAUGACAAUUGUAAUCACUGUCUGUUUAUUUGGGGAUGAAUGGACUUGUCUGGCUUGUUUGAAGGACCAAAGCUACUUCACAAGUUGAAGCUUUUGAUAAAUAAGGAAGAUUCUGUGCGUUAUUGAUUCCUUUGCUGUAUGAUGGAAUGCUUUGGAAGAAGAGGAACAACUGCAUGCCUGGAGUAAAGGUGCUAUCAGUUGAUGCAGUGGAGAGCGAUUCCAACCUUGUAAUUUUGGGUUUCCAGUUUUCAGUUUCCAAUGUUAAAAGAAUUUAUGAGGGGUGAGCUAUACAUCUAAUUGUGAAAAUCAGAAUGUAUACCUCUACGGAGAAUGUUAGGAUUUUUUUGUUCAUCAUUGUAUUUUUAGGAUUUUUUGUCCAUCAUUGUAAAACCUGGAUGGAGUUCUUUUGCUCUUCCUUAUGUGUAGUUUGAGCCUUUGUAUAAGGGGUUUGCCCCUGCCUAGCUCUAUACAAUUGUACUGUCAAUGGGUUUGCUGUAUGAUGGAAUGCUUUGGAAGAAGAUGAGCAACUGCAAGCCUGAAGUAAAGGUGUUAUCAGUUGAUGCACAGUGGAGAGCGAUGGCAACCUUGUAAUUUGGGGUUUGCAGUGUCCGCUGUUAAAAAUAAUUUGUGGGGGGUUAGCGAUACAUCUAAUUGUGGAAAUCGGAAUGUAUACCUAGAUGGAGAAUGUUAGGAUCUUUUUGUCCAUCAUUGUAAUGCUAGGAAUUUUAUUUUAGGUCCAUCAUUGUAUUGUUAGGAUUUUUUAGUCCAUGAUUGUAAAGCCCGGAUGUAGUUCUUUUGCUGUUCUUUUGAGCCUUUGUAUAAGGGGUUUGCCUCUUCCUAGAUCUAUACAAUUGUAUUCGUCAAUGGGAAAAAGGAAUAUGUUCUAUCAUCUUUUUGUAGCAUAGAUGGAGUUCUUUUGCAGUUCAUAUGUAUAAUUCCAACUUUUGUAUAUGGGCUUUGCCCUUUCGACAUCUAUUAUAAAUUUAUUGUUAAUAAAUAAAAGAAGAAAAUUUGGCUUGA